AAAGACCUGCGCAAAGACGGAUCGCAACACAAGGACGCUGAGGGUGCAGUGAGAGUUAAAGAGAUUCCUGCUGUGUCUGCCUGCGCGGUCGGCUACAAUGAGUGGCAAAUCGGCCCUCAACAAAGACGUCUUUAUUCCCAAUGAUGAAAGAAUGCUGGCAGCCGUGGUGGUGAAGAGGAGAACAAAGAAGAAGAUUCCAUUCUUGGCUACAGGAGGUCAGGGAGACUACACCACAUUCAUCUGCUUAUCAGUGACCAAUAAGAAACCAGCGCAGGUUUUAAUCACUAAAGUCAAGCAGUUUCAUGGUUCAUCAUCUUUUGUUAGAAGAUCACAGUGGACUAUCGGCCAGCUGCAACAGGUCAAUGGCAUUGACUCCAUCCGGGAUUGUCCAGAGUUUGACUUGACGUUUGAGAAUGGAUGUGACCAGUGGACAGCAGGUUCUGCUGGAGAAAAGUGCAUAUUUGUCCAGAUCCUCCAUCACACCUGCCAGAGGUACAUCCCUGACAGAAAACCAGAGUUUGUCAACUGCUGCUCAAAAAUGCUGGGAGGUAAAAGUGUCCUGAACAGUGCAGCAGACAGUGUUACCAGUGCAGUGCAUAAGGCUAGUCAGGCGCUGAAUGAGCGUGGCGAGAGACUGGGACGUGUGGAUGAGAAGACGGGUGAAAUGAUGAACAGUGCCCAGCAUUUUGCUGACACUGCACACAAGCUCGCCAUGAAGCACAAGUGUUAAGCCUCUGCCAUUUCUUUGAAGGAUCUGGUACUCUUUCAAUUGGCCCUGACUCCGUCUCUGCUGUCAGAUACUGAUGAUGUGCAUGAAGAUUCAUGUGAAUAGAUGAGGACUUUGUGCAUCACACUGUGGGUUAUCAAAAUGGCUCUUGCCUCCAAGAAGUCCUCCUCAUCUACCCAUGGAAGGGAUUUUUGGUCAUUAAGCUUAAGUGUUGUUUCCUGUGUCCUCGCCAUACGACUGACCUGAUCAUUAUUAUGUUUUUAAAAUAUUCUAACAAGUUGUACAAUAGUUUGUUUCAAAUGCCUGCUGAUAUAUUUGAAAUAUAAUUUUACAUCGUUUUAACCUAAUAAGUGUUUGAUAAGUGCCAUUUAUAUAAUCAUUUAUGUGUAUGAAAUUAGAUGUAUAUUUUUUAAAUCUUAAAAUCUGCUCUUUUCUACAUCAGAAAUCACCAAGUAUUAAAACUGGAUUUAUAUUCAGAUACACUCAAAAGUUCUCAAAGUCAAAAUGUAAAAGCUGAGGUAAGUGUGGAAAUAUCUCCAGAACGUUCAGAGAAAUCAAAGGUGAGAUCAUACCAGCUUCACGGGCUGCAUUACACACAAUGAGAGCGCUGUGGGCCUCAGCUGAACAUGUGGGAGAUGUAUGAACAAUGAAAGAAUGAGAGGAGAGGCGGUUAAUUGAUUCAUGCUGUGUCCAGACAGAGCAAUGAGUCAGUGCUCACUGGAGAAAAACAUUAUCCAGCGAUGAUUGGAGGGAAAUAGCAAUAUUUCUAUUUCUUUAUCUAGUUUUCCCUCUGUUUAUAGUUUAAAGCUCUCAUUACAGAUCUGGAGUCAGACAGUGCUACUGUAAAAACAUGCACUCAUGCCACAAAUAUGCAAAAACUAUUUUUUUUCUAAAUGUUUUUCUUCUGGGGAAUAAUGUAGAUCUUUGAGAAAAGAAAGAUUAGCUGCUUUCUCAAAACACUUUGUAUAACAUGAACAAUAACAUAUGGCGAACAUAUUAGUGAAAGUUUUGAUUUUGGUUUAAGUUUUUGCCAUUUAUUAUGAAAUCUUCACUCACUGAGCACUUUAUUAGGUACACUAUGGUCCUUUUAAUGGUCUUCUGCCGUUGUAGCCCAUCCACCUCAAGGAUCGACAUGUUGUGCAUUCUGAGAUGAUAUUCGGCACACUACUAUUGUGCAGAGCGGUUAUCGGAGUUACCAUAGACUUUCUGUCAGCUAGAACCAGUCUGGCCAUUCUCUGUUGACCUCUCUCAUCAACAAGGCAUUUCUGUCCACAGAACUGCGGCUCACUUGAUGUGUGUUUUUUUUUUUUUUUUUUUUUUUUGUGGUUUUGGCACUUUUCAAAGUAAAUUCUAGAGACUGUUGUGUGUGAAAAUCCCAGAAAUACUCAAAUCAGCCUGUCUGGCACCAACAAUCAUGCCAUACUCCAAAUCACUGAGAUCACAUUUUUUCCCCAUUGUGAGGGAUGAUGUGAACCUUAACUGAAGCUCCUGACCCGUAUCUGUAUUAUUUUAUGCAUUGCACUGCUGCCACACGAUUGGCUGAUUAGAUAAUCACAUAAAUAAGUAGGUGUACAGGUCUUCCUAAUAACAGGGUUGAGGAGUAAUGGAAUACAUGUAAUGGGAUUACAUAUUUAAAAUACAAAAUAUAAGUAGCUGUAUUCCACUACAAUUGAAAUCAUUGGUCAUUAGAAUACAGUUACAUUCAAAAAGUAUUUUGAUUAUUGAUUAUUUGAUUACUUUGCAUUUUAUUGUCAUUUGUUUCAUUUAAUAUUUAGUCCUUUCAGAUGGAAAACAUUUAUCCAUAUAAAUGAUGUGAUCCAAAGUGCAUUUGAACAGCGGUGAAACACUUUCUGAUGAUGUGUUACAGUCAUACGAGCAGACAGAGAAGUACGUUUGAAGUAAGUUUCAGAAAUAGAAAUAAACCUUGUGUAAAUUGUUAGCUUUAUGCUAAGCUAAAAUGCUAUUUCUAGCCAUUUUAUACGCACAUGUUAGAAAGACCUUUUGAUAUUAGGGGAAAAAUCGUAUUCUUGAUGAUAAUUUUUUUUGUUUUCCCAGUAAAAAUAUCUAAAAAUCCUUAAAAUAAGAUCAAUUUGAUUAAUCUUGUUUCAGAAACAACACGGCAUCAGAUAUUUGGGUUUUUCAGAGAAUGUAUUUUUAACAUGUCAAAACAAGUGAAAAAACCUAAAAGUGCUGAAGAAGUAAUCCAAAUAUUUAGAAUAUGUUGCAAAUUAAAUUUACAGCAUGUAUUCUGUAAUCUGUAGUGGAAUACAGUUCAAAAGUAACCCUUACAACCCUGCCUAAUAAAGUGCUCCGUGAGUAAGUUGGUAGUGUUUGAUUCUCCAGUUACUAACUGUGGUUUCAAAGAUUUUUGAAUAAAAUGUCAUUCCUUGAAGAACCUCUGACAAUAGUGUAUGACUUACACAUCUGUAUUUUGAGAUAAAUCUCAUUUGAUUCACUAAUAAAAACAAGUGAUCUCGUUGUUUGCACGCUGCAUUAUAAACAUCACAUAAAUGCCGUAUGUUCAGAAAAUCUGGACCAAUUUCUCUGGAAUGCUUUUGAGAAAUAUUAAUGAAGAUACUGAAGAGAGAUGUCUGUUUGCUGAUGCUCUGAUCAGAGAAAAAUGAAACGAUCGUGUGGAUCCCAGGCCUACACUCCGUGCUUCUAUAAUGAAAAACAAUCCCUGCUUUAAAGAUGUUUAUUUGCUCAAUCGUGGUUUGAUCACUUCAAAGUAGCAAAAAUGAGUUUCAAGUUUGUUUCAAGUCAACAUUUGAGCCUUUUAUUAAUAUACUUUAAUGUUUAACCUGUUUCAGGCUGUACAUUCUAAUGUGCCUGUGCUAUUGUGUUCUCAAUGGA